CCUAGUCACUCUCUCCCGACCCAAAGCACUAAACAGCAUUUCCACCGCGGGCCACCACGACCUCCACGCCAUCUGGACCUGGAUGGACAACGAACCGUCAAUAAGAGUAGGCAUAUUGACUGGAUCCGGGAGGGCGUUUUGCGCGGGCGCAGACCUCAAAGAAUGGAACACCAACGUUCAAACCCCCACAUCAUCCACCACCACCACUGCCUCCACCCCAGGUAUGCCCCCCAGCGGCUUCGGGGGCCUCUCCCGGCGAAGCGGCAAAAAGCCUAUCAUCUGCGCGGUGAACGGGCUCUGCCUGGGGGGCGGAUGCGAGAUGGUGCUCAACGCCGACAUGGUGAUCGCUUCUUCUAAAGCGUAUUUCGGGUUGCCGGAGGUGCAGCGCGGGGUGGUGGCGUGGGCGGGGGCGUUGCCGCGGCUGGGGAGGAUUGUGGGACGGCAGAGGGCGAUGGAGAUGGCGUUGACGGGGAGGAAGGUUUCUGCGGAGGAGGCGGAGAGGUGGGGGAUUGUGAAUGAGGUUGUUGUUGGUGAUGAUGGUGGGAAAGGGGUGGUGGAGAGGGCGGUGGAGGUUGCGGUGCAGAUUGCGGGGAAUAGUCCUGAUGCGGUGUUGGUUAGUCGGGAGGGAAUCAAGUUGGGAUGGGAAGGGAUUGGGGUUGAGGAGGCGACGAGGUUGUUGACGGAGGGGUGGUCGGACAAGUUGAAUCAGGGGGAGAAUAUCAGGGAGGGAUUGAGGGCGUUUGUGGAGAAGAGGAAGCCCGUCUGGAGGGAUAGUAAGUUGUAAGUAAUCGGUUAAGAUCUAUAUUGGCUACAGUUUAUGAGAGACCUGGCAUAGA